AAUGCGCGCGGUUUCUGUUUGAGAAAUGUGAAUUUUGUUCUGAAAAAUGCCACAUUGAAAUAAUAUAUUCUUUGCGUUCAAUGGAUUCAAGACUUCCUCCAGGUCCAGUUUAUGUUUUUCGAGGGUCUUCUUCAUCAAUAAAUGUCGUUAAGUUUGCUCCUGUCUGUGUUUGUGAUGGUGGACUUCUCGCAGCUGGAUCCUCCAAAGGUAUUAUCAGUCUCUGGGACCUCAAAACCAAAAGGGUUAGUUCAACUUUAGAUAGUCAUAAUGGAAAGGGAAUUCUUGGACUUGAAAUAACUUCAAACUUAAAUCUGAUCAGUCAUGGUCGGGAUGGUUUCAUCAAUUCCUGGGAUCUUAGUGAAGGAGGCUUGUCACACACUACAAAAUUGGCCUGCCCUGUUUUUGGAUUCUGCAAAUUUUCAAUUUUGCAAAAAGAUGAUAAACUUUGGCUUGCAACAGCAUCUGAACAACAAUCUCAGAUUGACAUAAUAAACCUAGAUUCCAAAGAGUGUAUACAUACAAUUAAAUGUGAAGAAAAUAUGACCUAUGGAAUGUGUAUGUGUGUGAAGCUGUUUCUCUGCCCUAGCACACAUCAACCAAAGGUUCUAGCUGGCUAUGAAGAUGGUUUUCUCAGGCUCUGGGAUGUUGGAUCAAGCAAGGUGGAAAGUCAGUUGAAGGUACACUCGGAAUCAGUGAUGUGCAUGGAUUUCGAUGAAAAACUGCUCAAAGUUGUGACUGGAUCUGCUGACGACAAAUUAGUUGUUUCUAACCUUUUGUCACAAAACACUCUUACAAUUCAUAAGUCUAUCGAGCUGAAGAAACCUGGAGUUGCUUCAGUUAAAAUAAGGGAUGACUCGAAACUGCUCUCUGUAGGGUGCUGGGAUGGCAGGAUUCGUAUUUACAGCUGGAAAACUCUAAAACCACUGGCUGUCUUGAAUUACCACUCUGAAACCGUGAACUCCCUCGAUUUUUCUGCUCACCUUCCCGACAAUGGAAUAUUGAUGGCCGCUGGUUCGAAAGACUGCAGAAUAAGCCUAUGGUCUCUCUAUAACGACAGCUGAUAAGCGGGACAUAUCUUGAGCUCAUUGGUAUUGGACACUGGAGAAAGCGACAUUUGAAAUAUUGUACUUAUAUUAAAAGAGAAAAUGCCGAGAACAUUCUGUAUACCAAGGGGAACAUUUUCCCUUGUGCGGUGGCCCUCUAUAUCCAGACAGACAUAUUUUCGCCACUUAGAAAGACUAUUCUUAUCAAAAGCUUGCCUCGUGUUCUUAUCGGGGUCGGAAAUUUUGGUAUAAUGGGAAGCGAUUCUCUGAUAGCAUCCUAUAGACGUAGAGGCGGAUCGGUCUCCUGAACGUUCACAUCACACCAAUAACUAUACAAGUUGCGUUGGUCUGUAUUUGAAAAUCUUCAUGAGAAAACAAGUUAUGGUAGAGAAUGCGAGAAUGCGAGCUCUAAUACGUAUAUCGAGAUUAAAUUCUCAUCACAGAAUAAAAGAAAUGAUGCAAAAAGAAAAAAAAUUAUUCGAGGCUAGUGAAAUUUUCCCGCUUUUUAACCAACAUUGCCGGUAACUGACGUCCAACUGCUACGAGCUUAAUUGAAUUGAAAAGUUAAUUGAAAAAAGAUAAAACUUGGAGAAAGCUAUCUUUGUUACGUCAUGAAAGACGCAGCGAAAGAGUACUUAGAUGUUCAAGUUUGUACAAGAAUACACGUGACAAAAAAUCUGGUUUGAACUGGUCAAUGUUGGGUUGAAUUUGUCCAACGUUUUUGAACUCGAAAAAAUUGAUUCUUUUUAAAAAGACAAAAUCGCUUUCCAUUUCGAGAUUUCAGCUCCGUGGAUGUCAAAGAUUUGAAUUUUCAAGACGGUUGUUACAUAUAAAGUACCAAGGUUGUAUAAUCUAUGUGUUUGAUCCUAGUGGGCUAAUUAACUAUAUA